GUCACGUGCUAGCGUCGCAUGAAGACUUUUACCAACCACAUGAAUCGCGAGACAUUCGCAAUUACCUUAUAACCCUACGUAUUGAAACAGUCAUCGUCUAUAUAACCCUGAGAGCAUGUAAAUGAGCUUCUAAGGUCUAUUCACGUGAUAUCCAACAUUGGUCUUUUCCUGUUUAUAGCCUUAUUAUUGAAUCAUGAGAUUUAGCAGCAUGCUCGUUGCUAUCACCCUCAAUUUGUUAUCAACUGUCUGCCAACAAACCAUAGGCCGCUUACUUCCCAUCAACGUGAAUCGUUUCCCUUUUUCUCAUCAACAAACAGUAAUGGACGACGACGACCCACAGGACUAUGACCCCCCACCACCCCCGCCAGACCCUGCUCUAUCGACGACUGAUCGGACCUUCUUCGACACCAUAGGAUGCACGAUCUAUGGCUACCCCUCUACUGGCGGAGUUCUUAUCAAAGAGGCUAAUCCCGUCGAUAUGCUUUUCCUGUCGCUCCCCCGCUCUCAUGUAUCGCACCGCUCACUCAAUGCCGAUGAGGAAGACAGGUUCUGUAGUCUUAUGAAACGGACUGGUGCGACAUUCUGGCCGAGUAAGCGGGAUCGGUCCUCAGUACAGAUAGGCUUUAGAGAGCCUACGGAGGAAGAAGAGAAAGUAAUGGUAUACGGUUGGCCGACCGAUGGAGUGGGUGUGUGGAUAUUAAGAUUCAAAAGUACAGAGCAACUACCCAAAGACUUUGGGAGAAUAAAUUUAGCAAUAAAUAUGGAGGAGAAGAUACAGAUUAUGAGAGAGUAUGGUGCUACGUUUGUUGAAGAUAUUAUGCAGGUGGAGGAACUCAACAUGAUUUGAGGUCUACUAGUCUUGGAUGGGUACAUUUGGAGAACAAAUACGUGCCUUAGCGAAAUAUAGAAGGCUCAGCUGUGAACUCUGACAGUGUCUGUGGGUUUUUGUAGCGAUUCACCGGUUUUCGUUUGAGUUAUUCAUGUGUCCCCUUUUGUGGCUUCCAUGUGUGUAUCUAUUUAACCAGUCUCUUAUGCUUCGCUUUGAGUCUCUUUCUGCUGUCUUCGGUAUCAGAUUACCUCUUUCUCUCAUUCUCC